AUGGCUCGAUUCUCCAUCCUGGAUCUGUGUCCAGAUCUCGUCGAGAAGGCAAUGAAUGUUCAGAACGGGCUGGUCUCCAUGCAAUCAACUCUCCAGCUUCAGGCUCAGAAAGAUAUCAACGACCCGUGCACAUCAAUCGACUCCACCACUGACAUCAUGUCCAAUCCAGCCAAUGACAACAGCGAUUAUCUUUUAGACGAGAGUGUUGACGAUGAGAGGUCGGAAAGUACUUCCAGCAAGGAUUCGAAGUCACCAUGCUCUAACUCGUCUGAUGACAAAAAACCAAGCUCCCCGAAUGACAAGCCACCAUUCUCAUACAACGCCUUGAUAAUGAUGGCUAUCAAAAAUAGCCCGGAAAAACGUCUGACCCUUGCUGGAAUCUACGACUACAUCCUCACCAACUAUCCAUUCUACCGGGAUAACAAGCAGGGAUGGCAGAACUCCAUCCGCCACAAUCUCUCACUCAACAAAUGUUUCGUCAAGGUUCCAAGAAAUUUCGAUGAUCCAGGAAAAGGCAACUACUGGAUGCUCGAUGCCACUUGCGAAGAUGAGGUUUUCAUUGGUGGAGCUACUGGAAAACUUCGUCGUCGUCCUUCCACACUAUCUCGUGCCAGAAUGGAUGCCUACAAGCAGUACGGUGCCGCCGCUGCCAACCUUUUCCCAUACUUCAAUCCCGGCCUUCCACCCAUGCCACGUACCCCGUUUAUUACCACUCCCCCCACUGCUUUCCUUCCUCGACCAAUGAUGCCAAUGCCAAGUUUGGCUCCGGUCUUUACUCAACCCGAGCUUAUCCAAAUGUAUCUUAACCAACAGCAAGGCUUAUUCGCUAAACUACAGUAA